AUGCGGCGAGUCCCAUUUCAGGACAGCGCCAACUCGGCCCAAAAACGUUCUCGAUCUGCCUUGACCACCACCAACACCAACAACACAUCCACAUCCACAUCAUCCUCCAGAUUGCUAUUGGAGGAUAAUGCUGAUAAUGAAGAUACUGAAACCAUUCAUUCGCCACCCAAUAAGAAGCAAUUAACAUUAUUCGAUUCCUUUGCGACGACCUCGGUAGCAGAAGCCCGUCAUGAUAUUUUGCAAUCCGAAGUGGACACCUUGCAGGCCGAACUCGAACAUUUCUAUUCGGUCCAAGAGUUGGACGAACGCAAGCACCAAAAGGAAGUGGCUCGUUUGGAAAAGAAAUUGGAAUUUGCCGUCGAAGAAGCCAAAGAGGCCCAACAAAUGAUGGAAGAAGUGAGACAACAAUCCGAUCAAUAUGCCAAACAACAACAAGAGGCUCGCAAAAAGUCACAAACCGAAUUGCGCAAAACCCAAAAGGAAUUGAGCGAUGCUCGUGUUAAAAUUGCCCAAUACGAAGCCAAGGAAGAAGAGGCACGCAUGAUUCCCUCGUCUUCCAAUGAAUGCAUUUAUGAGACCAAUACAUCCUUGAGAGAACGCUUGCAGGCCCAACGCACGGAGAAUGAACAAUUGAAGGAGUUGGUGGCUCAAUUGAAAGUCGAUCUAACGAAAACCAAAGAGGUCAUGGAAGAGGCCAAUAGAAAAGCCAACGCACCAAAAGAACCCACCAUUUCCGAAGCUUCGCCCACGAUACUACGAGAACUCAACAAGACGCGGAUCGAAUUGGCCGAAUCGGAACGCAAAACCCGGCAGUAUAAAAAGGCGGCCGAAGUUGCCUCGACGAUGCGAAAACAACUGAUUGUCCAGGAAGAAAAGACCAAAUCGUACAAGCGAUCUGCCACCCUUUUGGAAAAUGAAUUGCGGACACGUACUAGAGAAUCGGAUCGGUUGGCCAUUAAAUUGGAGGCUUGGAAGAAGUAUGGUGUCAUGGUGCAACAAAAAUUACAACCCUCUGCUAGCAUCAUUAGUAUUCAAAAAUUUGAAAAUGACAUGCCCCCGGAAGAACACAAGAUUAAUCAGCUUUGGAAAAAAACAGUGGGGGUUGUGGACGAAUUGGAACAGGAAAAGUUACAAAUGGAAAAGGCUAUUGCCGAUAAGGAACAACACGCACGAGAACUUCAACACAAGGUAUACGAAAUGGAACGCUCCCAAACGUCCAUGGACAAGAUGCGUCAAGAAUAUGAUCAAAAGCUGGCAAUUCAGGAACAACAAGUCAAAAUUCUACAACAUCAAGAGAAUGUGCGAAAACGUGAAAUUGAAUCCCUUCGGGAAAUUGUCGAUACCUUUGAUCAAUUGCCCUUGGGGGUUCCUCCUGGAUCGGGAACACCCAACAAACCGGACAAGGAACGAUCGGCACGUUCGCUAAAAGUGCAAUUGGACGCGGCCACGGAAGAAAUUCAAGUAUUGAAGGAUGGACAAACCAAAAUGAAGCAAGACUUGCACACCGCUCUAGAUGCAAAAGCGGAACUUCAAAAGACACACAAUACCGUCUUGGAAAAGUUUGGCAAGUUGAAGGAUGCCUUGUAUGCGGAACGUUCCAAAGCAGAAGCGGCCGAACAACGAGCGGUUCGGGCCGAAGAAUUGGCCGGCAAGGGUUCCUUCAAUCCUGAUGCGACAAGAGUCUUUCACAUGACCCACAAUCCAUUGACGGAAGCACUGAAACAAGAAGUGGCCGUCUUGCAGCGACAAAUACAAGUCUUGAAACAAAAAAUUAAGGAUCCUGUCGAUGUUGGUGAAACAAAGAACGAUACUACUAAUUCUGCUGCUGCUGCUGCUGCAACGCCUUCUACUACUUCCACUACUACUACUGCUGCUGCUGCUGCUGCUGUUGGUAAUGACGUGGAUCCCAACAAGUUACAUCAGCGGCUCAAGGAAUCCUUCAAGGAACAAAUUGGUCGCUUUCGAGAGGGAGUCUAUUUGAUUACCGGCCUCAAGAUUGACAUGAUUCCGGACGAGCGACCCAAAUUCAAGGUCCGAUCGGUCUUUGCGGAACAAGAACAGGAUCAUUUAAUGUUUCAAUGGCCGACUGGCAAGAAUGUGAGUUCGUUGGACCUACUGGGGACGGAAUUGGCACAAACCUUGACCACGACGCCGUCGUACGAAUAUGUCAAGAGGUUUCAUAGCAUUCCAGCUUUUGUGGCCAGCGUGCAACUACAAUUGUUUGAGAAGCAGACAAUGAUGUAG